AUGGAAUACUGGUCGGUAUAUGCAGCCAAGCUCAUGGCCAUAUACUAUGCCAUUAGUCUUGUCCUCAAGAUCGCGAUGGAAACUCGGCAAGCUAUGACAGAUAGACAGGAACUGGUAACUAUCCUGAGUGAUAGCAUGUUAGCACUUCAAGCCCUCUCCAAUACAUGGAAUAAUGACCCGGGCAAUGAGGUGGCCAAUCGGCUGGCUAAAGAAGCCAUGGGCCCUGAGAAAGAACAUCCCUUUCAACAUCUACUGUCUCCAUACCUGGAGAAUAUAUGGCUCGCUGCAACGAAAUCGCAGCUACCUGCUCACGCAGCUCUGAACGGGCCAUUCAUGGCUUGCAACACAUAG